AUGAUUGCGAAAGAGUCUACCAACGGCAAGAAGCCAUACACCCUUCAAGCAGAGGCGCAGAGGAUCUAUGAAACCAUUGUCAAUGACCCCAGGCUCAAUGUCCCGGAGGAAGUCAAGACUCUGGCCGACCGAAUCCGCUUUGUGGGUGAGGAGACACAGCCAUUCUACCCAGUUCCCUACAAAUGUGCAGAGUCUCAAGCUGGCCUAUUGGGCCACGUCGGGCUGCUGGCCCUGGCCAUUGCAAAAGAUCGCUACGUUAUCGACCAGUCGUGUGAGAUUGACGUCGACCACGCUUUGCUGAACGGCCUCGGCGCCCUGUUCAUGCGGCACGAGGGUGAAUGGCUGUCCGGCAGCCCGAAAAUGAUGAGCGCCGUCAAGCGCUGGGACCACGGCCAGACGCGGGAGCUGUACCGCCAGUUGGCAACCAACAUCUACAAGUCCAAGGAUGGCCGGUGGUACUCGCUGCACGGCAACAUGAACCCGACGCCGCUGCUGGAGAUGCUCGGUGUGCCGCAGCACAACGACCAGAACCUGUCCUGGCCGCAGAUCCUCGAGAUGUACAUGAAGGUGGUGGGCGACAUCGAUUCGACCACUCUCGACAACUGGAGCAACAAUGUCUACCGCACACCGGGGACUGUCUGCUACGAGAAGGAGGAAUUUGAGACCUCUCCACAUGGCAAAGCCAUCAAGGACGAGCCAUUCUAUGAACUCCUUCCCCAACCAUACUACACCCAACCAGCAGUAUCCUGGUCGUCAGUGCCCUUCGACCCUAGCGACCGCCGCCCACUGUCCGGCAUCAAGGUUCUGGACCUCGCGCGGGCCAUCGCAGCCCCGACGAUCGGGCGCGUCUGCGCGGCGCUGGGCGCAACGGUGAUCCGCGUGUCAUGCUCGACGAACACAGAGCUGCCGAUCACCUUAAUGGACGGUUGCCUGGGAAAGACGAGCGUGGACGUCAACCUGAAGACGUUCAAGGGCCGCAAGAAGCUGCUCGAGCUGAUUCAGGAUGCGGACGUCUUCAUCGACGGAUACAGGCCCGCGGUUAUGGAACAUCUGGGCUUCGGACGCGACGCGGUGUUGGGACUCGUGGCCAAUCGCGACCGCGGCAUCGUGUAUAUUCAGGAGAACUGCUACGGGUGGAAAGGCCCCUGGACGACUCGCCCGGGUUGGGCGCAGAUUGCGGACACGGUGUGCGGUAUCGGGCUGGCGAUCGGGCGCUUCAACGGCUUCGACGAGGCGCACAUCUUCCCCGGCCCCAACGCAGACUACCUGACAGGCCAUGCGGGCGCCGCAGCGGUUCUGCACGCGCUGUACCUCCGCUCCCACGUGGGUGGCUCCUACGUCGCGCAGUGCAGUCUCCUCGUGUCGAAUCUGCAGAUGCAAUCGUACGGUACUUACACAUCCGCGCAGCAGGAGAGCAUCAAGGCCCGCAACAAGGAGCUCGUGGGCCACAUGCGGCAUUACGACGAGAUCGUCAGUCACGGGCGCAACCGGCAUGUCGUGCGCGGGUUCAUCGCCGACCGGGGGUUCGAGGGGGCCAUCAAGAAGCAAUUCUUCCAGACCGUCGGGGGGGGUACUUGGGGACUAAACGAUCUCGAGGUCGUCAGCCUCGCGCUCAAGUUCAAAGACUCGCCUGACGGGGAGGGAGGGAAGGAGGGGAUGCGCACUGAUUGGGAUGUCGGCCCGUGUCCGCCGGGGUAUCACUUGCCGGAGUGGGUGAGGAAGGAGAACGAGGCGUUUGUGCCGAUCACGGUGGGCGAGACGACGGUGCAGGGAUAG